UCUUGGGACUGCGAGGACCCCAGCGCGCAGUGGAAGCCUCUCCGUCUGGCUCCCAGUUUCUGCAGAGCCGCCCGCCGGCAGCUCGAGGGGGCGUGCUCCCUCCCGCCGCUCAGCUGGCUGCUGGCAGCUUCCAGCCCACAGCGUCCCGUCCCGUCCCGGAGGAGGCUGCGGCCGUCGCCCUGCGCCUGCGACUCCCGAUCCCUGAGACUCUGAAAGGCACGGAGAAGCCACCUGACCUUGCUGGAGCAGGCAGCAGCAUGCAGCCGCCGCCCACCCCCUACAGAAGCGCCCUGGUGGCCCUGACCCUCGCCUGCUGUUUGGUGGGGGUCCAGGGAGAAGAGCAGGGAUCCGCACAGGCUAGAGCCACUCCACCACUCUUGGGGGUCGAAGAGAUGCUGACGCCCCCCACGAAGAUUUCCUGGGCUCCGAGCUCCAACAGCAGCCUGCCUGGGUCCUUAGCACCUCCCCAGAUGCCUAAAGGAGAGAAGACAGGGGGAGUCGCGCCACGCACCCGCUCCCCUCCCCCAUGCGAAGGUUCCAUUGAGAUCAGGGAGACUUUCAAGUACAUCAACACAGUCGUGUCUUGCCUGGUGUUCGUGCUGGGGAUCAUCGGAAACUCCACACUGCUGAGAAUUAUUUACAAAAACAAGUGUAUGAGAAAUGGCCCUAAUAUCUUGAUAGCCAGCUUGGCUCUGGGAGACCUGCUGCACAUCGUCAUUGACAUCCCCAUCAAUGUCUACAAGCUGCUUGCAGUGGACUGGCCCUUUGGAGCUGAGAUGUGUAAGCUCGUGCCUUUCAUACAGAAGGCCUCCGUGGGAAUCACCGUGCUGAGUUUAUGUGCUCUAAGUAUUGACAGGUAUCGAGCUGUUGCUUCUUGGAGUCGAAUUAAAGGAAUCAGGGUUCCCAAAUGGACAGCAGUAGAAAUUGUUUUAAUUUGGGUGGUCUCAGUGGUUCUGGCUGUACCUGAAGCCAUGGGUUUCGAUCUGAUUACCAUUGACUACAAGGGAACUUAUCUGCGGAUCUGCUUGCUUCAUCCCACUCAGAAAACAGCCUUCAUGCAGUUUUACAAGACAGCUAAAGACUGGUGGCUGUUUAGUUUCUAUUUCUGCUUGCCAUUGGCUAUCACUGCAUUUUUUUAUACCCUGAUGACGUGUGAAAUGUUGAGAAAGAAAAGUGGCAUGCAGAUUGCCUUAAAUGAUCACUUAAAGCAGAGACAGGAAGUGGCCAAGACAGUGUUCUGCCUAGUCCUCCUCUUUGCCUUGUGUUGGCUUCCCCUUCACCUCAGCAGGAUUCUGAAGCUCACUCUGUAUGAUCAGAAUGACCCCAAUAGAUGUGAACUCUUGAGCUUUCUCUUGGUCUUGGACUAUAUUGGCAUCAACAUGGCCUCCCUGAAUUCCUGCAUUAAUCCAAUAGCUCUGUAUUUGGUGAGCAAAAGGUUCAAAAAUUGUUUUAAGUCAUGCUUAUGCUGCUGGUGCAAGUCAUUUGAAGAAAAACAGUCCUUAGAGGAAAAGCAGUCAUGCUUAAAGUUCAAAGCUAAUGACCACGGAUAUGACAACUUCCGUUCCAGUAAUAAAUACAGCUCAUCUUGAAAGAAGGAAUAUUCACUUAAUUUCAUUUUAUUUUGGACAGAAAUCAUUAAAACAGUGAGGCCUUUGCCAAAACAAAACAACUGUGUAUUUGCACAAAACAAUGCAAGAGUGAUUAUUUUCUUAACACUUGUAGUUACGCAUGACUUUUUAUGAGCUGUUUACAGCAUGAAAAGCAGUGAGAAUUAAGAAAGCUUCAUUGUGAAAGCACUUAAUUUUCUACAGUCAGUACUUCCGUGUAGCUCUUACUAACUUGUAGUAUAUUCAUACACCGCUUAUGUUUAAAAUGAGCUCAUUCAGUAUUCUUAUGAAAGAGGUCUAUUUUGUUGAAUGUGAAUCUUAUACAAAGGAAAAAUGUGUCACUGUGAAAAAAUUUUAAAAUGAAGUUGAAGUUGCUCAGUUGAGAUCCUUCAAAGGAGUUUUUAAUUAAUAAUGUCAGACCACUAGAUGGACUAUAUGAUUGGAUAGAAAAUGUGAAAAGAGUUAGCUGGUGUAUUUUUUUUUUUUUGACCAUCAAAACAUUUAAAUGAUUAGAAGAGAGUAUCAGAACAAAAGAUCAAGGUUUUUGAAAGUCCCAUAACUUGUUACAUUCAGAUAAGAUCCAAAGGAGAGAGGUGUGGAAUGUUAGCCCAAAACACUGUUUUAAAUCUCCUUUCAUCAACUCUGCAAAGAAAAUACUACCUACAACUUUUUCAGGAUUAUGAAUACAUUCUUCUGUGGUCAUUUGAAUAUUAUUUGUGUAGUGUGGUCAUCUGUAAACCCUUAGCUACCGUGCAUUACAUGUAGGUGAUUGAUGAAGGGCAGCCCCCGCUGCUGAUACCUUUAGGAGGGAGAGAUGCCAGUGGCCCUGUAGUGGCGAGAGUGGCAGUUGCCCCUUCGCAGUAGCCGCACGACAGAGAAACCGAGCCCUCUCACCCACACUCGUUGAAGUGGUCGCUGGCGGUAUGUGUAACAUGAUAGUGCAAAUACUAUUUUCUAAGCUCACACAAGUGAGUCAAUGUAACAGUUACUUGUAAAGCUUAUUACUAAUUGUCAGACUACUUUUGUAAAUAACUAACAGGAAAAAAGUCCUUGACCUGGUGUUUUUCUGUUCCAGGUACAACAGCUUUCUUAAGCUGGUAAGAACCUUUAACUGUGUGCAUUCUUGCCUACUUCUUUUACCCCUGUGCAGAAGGCCUUAGGUUGGACUGGAAUGAGAUGUGUGUGAAAAUAUGUACAAGAAAAUGGAGGAGAAAGGAAAUGAGGUGGGGUGAGAGGAAACCCAGGGGGACAGUUUCCCAUUCUUAGCUUGAUGUUCAUCACUGCUCACAUCAGUGCGAAAGGUCCUGAGUCCGUUCCAGCAAAGCUCAGUGCAUUGUUCUCAGAGUGACUCCAGGAACAGAUGGAGCCCCAGAGCUUUAACUCUUCUUAAAAUAUAACGGAGUCCCUACUCUAGUUUCUGUUAGUAACCCAGGGCCAUGUAUUGGAAAUAACCUAGCAGUGUUGUUUUCUGCCAGCAUGGACUGGGAAGACGCAGUGAGCCAAACCCGACAAUGGUCAAAAAAGAAGGAUGAGAAUGAGUUCACAUGCCACAUGGAUUCUAUUUACAAAUCACUUGGUCCUGUUUAUUAACUUCCUCCCUAAUCACUAUUUCAGAUGUCUGUCGUCACAAAGGACUUUCAAGCUGUGGAUUUUAAAUUAAAUUUGGGUCAUUAAUAUUUUCCCACUUUGUAAUAUGUGUUUUGCCUCUAUUUUUAAGUUUCAACUCAUUUUCAAUACCAUCUACUGAGUUUUGUUUUUCUUCCUCAUUUACCUCUUAAUAUCUUCCUUCCUGCAUGUCAGAAUAUUGAUCUGUCUUCAUCUUGCCAGAUUUUGUUAACAGUGCACAGAGUCUAAACAUACACUAGUUAUAAUGAAAUCAUGUUUGGUCGCUUUCCAAAAAAAGGUUUGAUUCAAAAUUUGAAGGUUGGUAAGAAAGAAACAUGGUUUCUUAGCAUACUUAAAACCAAGACAGGGAAAGGUGCUUCUGUUUAAAACAUUUCCUAAUAUCAAAAACUGUAUAAGAUAGCAAUUGAAAACAGUAAUGUUAACACAGAUAAUAAAGCUUAAAAGAUUUCUAAGCAAUGUUUACCUGUUUUCUCCUUUAUACACAGCUAAUAUGGGUAUAUGUUCAAACAACUUUAAGUAUAUGACAGCUUACAUUCGACCCACAAAAGUUUAUAACAAAACAUGGGCAUGCUGUAGUUAACUUUAUAAAACUAUAAUAUAACCAUGUAAAAUAACUAUAUAUUUUGUUUUUCUGUGGCCACUUGAAGUGGCAACUGCUGUAGUUGCUGAUUCCUUAUAUAAGCAAAAUCAAUAAAAACAUUAAAUUGUUUUAAAAAAGAA